GUCCCAUUCAUUAUGCAGUGGAUCCAAGAUGGCUGCGCCCAUGGCGAGAGGAGCGUCGCGACUAUCCUUGGUUUUCAGACGACUUUUGCACAGCACAGUGCCUUCUAGAUGUCAGGAGUUCGACACGAAAAUGCUAGAGAUAGUCGUGUGUCCACUGUCGAAGAAACCGCUCAGGUAUGAUCCAGAGAAGAAUGAACUGGUGUCAGAUGAGCUGAGUGUGGCCUAUCCCAUCGUUAACGGCAUUCCCAACCUGAUUCCAGAGGACGCAAGAGUCAUCAAAAAGCCUGAAGAACCACAGGACAAUGGGGCAAAAGAACAAUAA